CAGUGUACUUUAUAUUUUUAAUUUUUUUUUUUUUUUUGUAUAGUGUAACAUAUUUAAGUGUAUAUAUACUAAGGUAUCUGGUCUACAAAACGUCAAUAUCUACAUUCAUUACACAUCAAAUCUUUGCUUGAGGAGAAACUGUCCAUAUUAGUAAUUGUUAAUUAAUACUCAGUUAUACAGGUAUUGUAUUAUUAAAAUUUUAUUAUGAAUUAUAUUGAAUGAAUAAGUCUUAACUUUUAAUAUUUUAGAUACACAAAUUGGAUCUAUUAAUUAUUAAUACCACUAAUUUAAAGUAAAUGUUAAAUUCAGUUAUACCUAUGUAAGUAGGUACUUUAUAUACAUUGUAUAAUAUACCACCAUUUAUCUAAAUAAUAAUGUGAUGAAACUUUAUAAGUAUUAUAGGAAUGUUCUUGACCAAUGUUUAUCAACCAAGUGCUAACGUUUGGUCUUCUAUUGCUGAUAUGCACUCACAUCGAUUCAAUCCAGGAGUGUUCACAGUAAAUGGUUUAUUGUAUGUUCUCGGCGGAAGUCACGAAUUUUCUUAUUUGGAUUCUUUAGAAAUAUACAAUCCAAAAACCAAUACCUGGUCCAUUGAAACAUUAUCAAAAGGUGUUGGUGAAAUUUUCGACGGGAUAGUUAUUGAUAGACCAACACCUUUUAAUCCUAAUUAACAUAAUAUACGAUAUAUUAUAUUAAA